AGGUUUCUGCAUCUGGUUCUGGUUUUGCUUCUAGCGUUUAUGCUGUUCGCCUGGUUUAUCCUCUGGGUUUAUACGGGGGGCUAAGAGAGAGAGAAGGGAACGUGUGAGAGCGCGAUUGUUAGGCGAACGUGCUGCCAAGACAACGGAACCUACACCAGCAGCAGCACCAGCAGCCCCAUCGAGUCGAUAUUAAUCGUAACGAGAUUCUCGGUGACCGGAUGGUGGAACUGAGUGAACGCAAACAGCAGCUGUCCAACAAUUGGCACCAUGUAAUCCAGGCCACCGAAACCGCACAGGACCAUAAAUAUAAGGGAAUGGUCAGACCAAACAACAACCACCAGGAGCCCGCUCCGAUCCGGCAUAUCCCCGCCUUUAGCUACCUAAACCCGAACGGCCAUCAGAUCCUGCGCUACUCACCGAACAACGUUGAUCAGCAAUCCUCACCGCAGUAUUAUCCCAACAAUGGACAAGCGGGCGACGGCAGUGGCCACCGUUACCACGAUAUGCCUUCGCAUUACCUGCAGAACCACCAGCAGCAGCAACAAGAGCAAACACCGCCGAACGGCCAGGGCAAGGGCAAAAAACAAAGUUCGAAAAACGAGUACAAGAUGAAGGAAAAGGAAAAUAAGGAACGCAAGAAGAAGGAGAAAAAAGCCAAGAAGGAGAAGGACAAAUCGUCGUCCUCCACCUCCGGGGCAUCUUCCGGGGUCAGCAGCUCGGUGGAGAAGGCCCGUAAGGAACCGAAGAAGAAACCUCCUAUGCCGUACCCGCAGCCCCAGAUGCAGCAGCAGCAGCAGCAACAACAACAAUCGCCAAGUUCAAAGCGGAUGGUCGAGCAGCACGAUUAUCAGAACAUUUCGGAAGAAACCAAAAUCGACAGUAACAGUCCGGUGAUGAGGAUGUUUGGUGACACCAAUUUCCUCCUGAACCAUCGCCGCAAAAAUGACGUAAAAACUCCUAAAGAAAGCAACCUCAGCUGUGGCCAGGGAGUCUGCGAACUUAUGAACGGCGUUUACCGUUUUAGUCCGCACGUAACGUCAUUUGCGGAGCUGGAAUCCGGCAAGGUUAGCCACCGUUCUCAUCCGUCCACGCUGGAUUCGAAGGAAUACCAUAAUUUCAAUGUGUCCAAAUAUCUGAACAUCGACGUCAAAACCCCAAACUUGCGCAGCGUCAAGAACCACAUCAGCUCCAACAGUAGCUGCUUGAGCACCGGAAGCAGCGGCUCCAAUUCGCUCAAUUCAUUCGAUUCGGUCGAACAGGCAAUAAUCUUCCAGAAAAAUAAAAACGCCGACUCCUAUCUGGGACCGUUCAACUUUCGCCAGCUGCUCCGGCCCACCCAGGGACCGACGGAAUCGCUCCGGAAGCGUAAAGGUAUCAAUCCACCGUCGCCGCCGCCACCGCAGCGCGGGAAAAGCUGAAUCGGCAGGCUGCUGUUGCCCUAGUUAAGCACCAAUUACCACGUCUACUGCGUUAAAAAUAAUUAUAUUAAACGAUUUUUGUUUUGUUGUUAUUGCUGUUCUUGUCUAAAAUAAUUCUAUUGUGCAUUUCGUUUACAACUCUGUGUGUGUGUAUUUUUUAGGUGUAUUGUUAAGAGUUUCGACAGACUGAUUCGUUCCGACUUUCUAGGGCCGGAAUGUUUACUUUCCGGGGGUUCAUGCGGAAAUAGUAUGCUAAAGCAGGGCCGUGUGUGGAAUCUAUUAUCAGAGAAAAUAACAUACCUAGUUUAACGAAAUAUAUUUACUCAAAUAUAAAUAAUUGAACUAAAA